AUGAUAUUCCAGUCAAAAAAGACUCUGGCCAUCCUAGGCCUCAUCUUCUCCGCGACUUCAUCACUUGCCUCUCCUUCCAAGAUUGAGAAAAGGUUGAACAACACCCUCGGCGAGAAAUACGGCAUCAAACCAGACUCGAUGAUCAGCUACGCCGGCAUCUACUUUGGGUUUGCACCCAACUACGACCCCAAAGUCACAAUGGCAGAGUUGAACACGGCUACGGGACAGAAGGGUGCUACAUACAACGUCUACUCCCAGAUCAGGAGCGACAACGUCCAAUCCGGCUCCUACGACGGCAACGACCAGUACGACACGGAGGACAUCAUCUCCUCCGGCGCCGUGCUGAUCGCCUCGUUGAUGCCCACGGUCGACUGGACCGAUAUCACGCCGGGGUUGUGUCAGUCCAUCGCGGACUACUUCACGAAUACCUUCACUAGCAAGGGUGUCACGGUCUGGCUGCGCUAUGCCCACGAGAUGAAUUACUAUACUGAUUCGGGGACAUAUCCUGGAGGCAAAAACUACGACGCUUUCCUGACUUCCUGGAAAAACGUGUACAACGCCAUUUCCGACAAUGACAAAAUCUACAUGUUCUGGUCUCCCAAUGUCGAUACCCCCAGCGAGCCUGUAGCGCCCUGGUGGCCAGGAAAGGAGUAUGUAGACAUCGUAGGCAUGGACUACUACCCCAACGCCGACGAAGGCUUUCCAGACUUCGCCACCGCCUACGGCAAGUUCUACGACACCUACGCGGCAGCGAAUAGCCUGCCCUUCGCCAUAGCCGAGACAGGCACACAGACCUCAAGCCAGGGAUCAGCAACAACAGCGCAGAAGGAGCAGUGGCUCAAGAACAUCAUCAACCCUGAUGGUGAUGGCGGGUUGGGGAACUACUCCGAGUACUACAUCAGCGCGACGUGGUUCGAAUACGGCCCGCCGGCGAAUAACAUCGAUUUCUACGUCGUGUACGGCCAGUCGUCGCAGGUGGUCGGCGAGACUAUCUCUAAUACGGAGAAUGGGUCCUAA